UUAAAUUUUUUUCUCGUUCCCCGCUCGUGUUACGUUUCGGCGGCCGUUCGCAGAGGAGGACCACAUGUAUAUUUUUUCUGCCACCUAUUCCUGGGUAUAUAAAGACGUGCGCGUUAUCGGACGGCUGGCGUACGCUGUUUAUCGAUCGCGCGUGAUCGUCGAGGCAAUAUUAUAAUAUUAAUAUUCACGGUCGGCACCGCGUAUUAUUAUUACUGUCGUACUAUCUCGUCAAGACACAACAACCGGCUCUCGCUGAUUUCGAACGAAAACAAGUUCAAUCUCGCGGUGAAAAAAGAUCUGCAGAAAUAUUAUAUAGGUACCCACGCCACAGACAGCACCAAAUCACAAAACUGUACGCUGACGGUUAUCCGAGUAUAUUUCCGCAAAGGUUAUAAUAUUGUUUUUCUGCCGUCCACUGAGAAAAAAUCGAAAAUAAAUCAGAAAUGGAUUCCGAAUCGUUCAGAGUAUGCGGGAAGACCGUUAUCGACUACAUCGCAGACUACGUGGACAACAUUCGAGACAGGCCCGUUCUGUCCUCCGUCAAACCAGGUUAUCUCUACGAAUUGGUGCCGCCCGAGGCUCCAGUCAAAGGUGAAGAUUGGAAGACGGUGUUGGACGACGUGGAGAACAUAAUCAUGCCCGGCAUUACACAUUGGAACUCGCCGCAGUUUCAUGCGUUUUUCCCAACCGGAAACUCUUAUCCGGCCAUCGUCGGUGACAUGCUGUGCAACGCCAUCGGAUCCAUAGGAUUUUCUUGGAUAACGAGUCCAGCGUGUACUGAACUCGAAGUGCAAGUUAUGAAUUGGUUUGGGAAAAUCUUGGACUUGCCGAAAGAGUUCUUGAACGAGUCCGAAGGGCCCGGUGGUGGCGUACUUCAGGGCAGCGCCAGCGAAGCUACGUUCGUGUGCCUGUUGGCAGCCAAAGACCGCACGACGAAGCGGAUCAAAGCACUCGACCCGAGCAUGACUGACGGUGAGAUCAAGGCGAAACUGGUGGCUUACACUUCCGGUAAGUUUUUACGGGAAACACCACCUGUUAGAAAACUCGAUCGAUAAUAUUAAAGUACGCGU